AUCCUUUAUAUGUAUGUAAACUAUUGUAAACCAAUGUAAACGUUGAACAGAACUGUCAGUGAACUGUCAGUUCUGCCGUCAGCUUAUAAUCAGCUGUUCAAUCACUUUCCAAACUUGCUUUUAGGAAAAAAAAACUAUACUUCACUGUGUCGUAAUCGAAUGACGAAUUUGUAAGUUAUCACGAAUAUUAUCUCAUCGACCUGUAUAGCUAAAGUGAUAGAAUCUAUAAUCAAUCAAUACAAAAUAGAGUAUAUGAGUAUUCUUGAAUGGUAGCAUACAGAGCUCCAAGUGCAAUCUACUACAUGAACAGAAGACGCUGUCCAACAUGCAUUUCUCAAUCCCAGAUACUCAAGAAUUCAUCGAUAAUGGUGGAAAUGCAUAUUUGGGAUACAACAUACAUAUCAAUGGGCUAUUUCACUGCACAGUGAGAUACAAACAGCUGCUGAAUCUGCAUAUACAGUUGGGAAAAGAUCUAGACGUCGAGCUACCUGAAUUCCCUCCAAAAAAGUUAUUUCCAUUGACUUUAAAUCAGCAAGAAGAGAGACGUGCUUCUCUUGAAAAAUACAUCCAAACUAUCGGACAAAAUUCUACCAUCAAUAGUUCUGAAUUGCUGAACGGAUUUCUACUACAUGCCCAGCAGGAAACUGCAGGAGAAAAUUCGACUGAGGAAACUUUAGAGGUUUUUUUAAUCAAUGGAUACAAAAUCACGAUCCUAGCUUCGCGUAGAGAGCAUUCUGAACAGAUUUUAAUGAAGGUGUGUCAUCAUAUCAAGCUACAAGAUAAACAUGCCUGCUAUUUUGCUCUGUUUCUCAUGCACCAGGAAGACGAUGGUAAUAUCAACGUUUUGCGCAAGCUGCAAAAUUUUGAGUCCCCUCUUGUCACACAAAAGAAUAUUUCUGUCCUCAGUAUCAGAAUAGUGCUAGGAAAAAGCUACUGGGAUCCUGCAUAUGACGAAGAAUUAUUGCAUGAUGAAGUAGCGUUGAAUCUACUUCACAUUCAGGCAAUAUCAGAUAUAGAUAGAGGGUGGAUUUCUGUUCCAAAUGAAUCACGUGAACAUCUGGCUGCUCUACGGGCCGGUGGCAAUAAAAAAGAGUUCUUGAAACUCGCACGAUCUUUGAAGUAUUAUGGUUAUGUUCAAUUUGUUCCAUGCAUAAGUGAUUAUCCUCAACCAGGAACAAGAGUUAUAGUUUCUGUUGGUAAAAAUGAACUUAAUUUGAGAAUUUAUCCGGAAGGUGAAGAAGAAUGUGAAGCUGUAUUUAAAGUUACUCGAAUGCGCUGUUGGCGAAUUACAACACUACACAAUACCAUCGAAAAACGUGAAGAUGAAGAUUACAGCCUCGAAUUAUCCUUUGAAUAUCUGAUGGCUAGAAAUCAACUGCAGUGGAUUACCAUUUCAUCCGAACAAGCUAUUCUAAUGUCAGUCUGCUUACAAACUAUGAUCGACGAACUUCUUAUAAAGAGUAUUGGAGGAAAUAAAAAUAACGAUAAGCCUAGCAAAAUGUGGACGUACACGAGGAGAGAUGGAAGCAGCGAGAUUAUAACAUCUACCUCUGUUGACAGUAUCACUAAAGCGGAUGAGAAGAAUGAGCACCAAUGUGAACCGCCAAAGGCUGAACCGAUGAUGAGAAAAAUAACUGAAAGAUUAUCAGCAGUAACAGUGAAAAAAUCGAAUCUAGCAAGGAAAGGAGUGACAAUUGUAAGUAAAGGCGACAGUUCAACCGAAAGCAAUGCUUUUCAUAUGAUUGGAGAUGACGAUCUCUGAGUCUUGCCAACAUAUAAGUUUCGUAAUAAGGUUACAUCUGAGAUUACAUUGCCGUUAUAUUUCCAUAGAAGAAACUAAAUUGUACCAAGGGGUGAUUUUACAAAAUUAUACAUCGUUGUUGAUGUAUCGAUACCAGGUAUAAUAAUUAGUAGAAUUCAUAUCGUUGUGCCACAUUGAGGUAUUCGAUUAUGUACCUGGUAAAAAGUGAUUUUUAUAAUUCCAUGAAUAAAUGGCCGCGAUAGUUGGUUUUUUCAAAAAUUUUCAAGAAUGACAAAUUGUGUUAGAAAAUACGUUAUUAUCAUGAGGGUAGCAUUUUGCUAAUUAUUUCAUGCAAUAUAUAGACUUAUUUUGAUAUAAUAUUUUCCUACUCAUACUGAAUUACUACUGCUUUGUUUGUUGAUGAAUAUUUUAUACGUCAAACCACCCAAAUUCCAAUUAUAUAUUAUAUUUAGAGCACAUCAACUUUUGCAAGUACCGAUAUGGGUACAGCAAAAUAAAAGUAUCGCUGCUGCACAGAAUUAUUCAGUAUUAUCAUUUCAAUGAGUGAAGGUGUGCAAUAUAAUAUGACUAAUGUAAAAACAUGCUCAAGUGUAAAAUGUAUUGCAUAAGAUUUCUGAACGUGGUUUUAGCAGAAAGGAUUAAUAUAAUAAGACAUUGCAGGAACUAGGAAGGACGAUUACAUAAAUUCAAUAAUUAUUUAUCGUCCAAUAAAUAACUUUGUAGCUGUUAAAGAGUCAACAAAUGUGCAGUAAUUGUGUAACUUAGGAUUUGAAACUGAAGGCAUUGAUGAAUGUUUAUUUUUUAUUUCCAAUGGAUCACCCGAACAUUCUUAUAGAAUAAUAUUAUGAAUAGAGGAGCACGAAUUGUAACAGAAAGAAGGCAUGCUAAUUUUUUAUUCACAGUUUACCUGCAGGUUAAAAAUGAAAAUUUUCAAACCUAACUUUAUUGUUAAAAAUGUUUGUGGAUCUUCAGUAUAUUCGUUAAUAAUUUUUACAGUUGUUUCUAAUUAUAACCAUGGCAGCAGAAUUCGUUUUUACAAACGAAGUUGUACAAUUUUUUAUUAUUGCCACGAAUAGUCUGUAAUAAAACUGUGAUAUAAAAGCAUGUAAUAGAAGUAUAAAAAAAAAUAUUUCGGUGAUAAAUGAACUAAUGAAUAGUCCACCCGUUGAUAUAAAUUACCAGACAAAAGGGUUGAAUUCAUGUUUUUCAAAUAAAAGUAACUCACUAUUAUUGUUAAAAUGAAAAAGCAUAUCUAGGCAUGUAUAGCGUAUUCGCUGCACUGAAUAGUGCUGGUAAAAUUUGAAUGCCAAUAAUUUUAACGUGUUAGAAAUUACUCUACCUAUAAGAUUCAAUCUAAGGACAAAGAUGAAUAUCACAGCAUUCCUAAUUUUUAUUGAUGAAAGAAAAUACAUAUAGGUUCAACAAUGUACUGUUAUCAAUUUGUUUUGUAAAAAUAAAAAAUAAAUGAAUCUUUAUAUUUAUACUA